AUGUAUCGCGCCACCGUGUUGGUCGUCCUCUUCCUGGCUGCGGCCGGCCUCACCGCAGCCGCCGAGGCACCCGCUCCUGGGCCCAGCUCCAAGCCCGAGCAACCGGAAUCGGCCCAGUCUCCGGCGAAAUCCCCCGCCUCCGCCACCGCCCCUUCCACCUCCACCUCCACCGCCCCGGCCACCGUUCCCGCCGCCGCCCAUUCCCCGGCCACAUCCCCCGCCUCCGCCCACGCCCCAGCGAAGGCUCUCUCUCCGGAGGCCGCCACAUCGCCCUCGAACUCCCCUGCCGCGGCGCCGACCCCCGACGCCGACUUGGACGACGACAGUGACGACGAUAUCCCAGCUGAGGGUCCGAUCUCCGGCAGCCCUCCGGAGCCAUCCUUGGCUGCUGCGCCUGCACCGGAGGAGGAAGACGCGCUGAGCCCCACGACGUCGCCUAGCGGAGCAGGGGCGCCUAUCGCAGCUGGUGCUGCCUUCGCCGCUCUCUCCGCCGCUGUGGCUGCCGUCUUCGCUUUCUAA